AUGGCUUGGGCUGAUGGUCCAGGAUUGACUGUUGGUGUACUUGGCAGCCCUAAUAAAUUUACUGUUGGCUAUACAAAGAAUUUGGGUGGGGGAAAAUUAACCGUAUUAAUUGAUGGAACCAAAAAGGCUGAAGUUCGAACUGUACAUCAUCUAAACGAAAACAAUUAUCAAGUCGAGUUCGUUUUUUUUUCGCUUAUACUAAUUUUGAUAACAAUUUCUAAAACUUUCCAAUUCAGAUACACAGUCCAAUCACCUGGUUUUUACACAAUCAAUGUCAAUUUUAUUGGUACUCCGAUUUUCGGAUCACCUUUUGAAGUCUUUGUCAACCGCUGCUCCAGCAUUCCUUCCACCUCUACAGCAAUUGAAGAACAACAUUAUGAUUAUUUGCCAGUGAGUAGUAGUAAAAUUGUUUUUCUAAUACUUAAUUUCGUGGCGCGAACUUUGCGGAACAGCAUUUCGCGGAUUCGAAUUUUGCGUACUUGA